AUGGCAUCGUCUGCCACACCUAUGCAGAUUCUUGGCACUACUGGUCUGUUUUUCACGGGUGCAUUAAUCAUGAGAGGCGCCGGUUGUGCGAUCAAUGAUCUAUGGGACAGGAAUCUGGACCCGUAUGUCGAACGCACAAAAUUUCGGCCGAUUGCGCGAGGUGCCCUAUCUCCUAAGAAAGCAUUGAUUUUCACCGGUUCCCAACUUCUAGCCGGACUAGCUGUCCUGCUACAAUUUCCCUCCCAGUGUCUCUGGUACGGUAUUCCCAGCCUCCUGUUGGUGACGACAUAUCCUCUCGCCAAGCGCGUCACUUACUACCCACAGGCUGUUCUGGGUCUCACAUUCUCAUGGGGCGCUAUCAUGGGAUUUCCAGCGCUGGGUGUCGAUCUUCUCAGCAACCAUGCUGCUUUGGAAGCCGCAGCAGCCUUGUAUUCUAGCUGUGUUGCCUGGACAGUGCUGUACGAUAUGAUCUACGCACAUAUGGACAUUAAAGACGAUGUCGCCGCGGGGAUCAAGUCAAUUGCCCUUCGGCAUGAGCAUAACACCAAGACAGUCCUUGCUGGUCUGGCGGCAGUUCAAGUAGCGCUGCUCGCUACUGCAGGAGUAGCAGCAGGUGCUGGACCCAUCUUUUUUGUCGGCACCUGCGGCAGUGCAGCCGUUUCCCUCGGUAUCAUGAUUUGGAAGGUUCAAUUGAAGAAUAUCAAAAACUGCUGGUGGUGGUUCAAGAACGGAUGUUUGCUGACUGGGGGCGGCAUCACUUUGGGGAUGUUCUUUGAGUAUAUAGCUCAAACCUCUGGCCUGUAUAAAAGCGACAGUGACGAACAUUAA